UCGCCGCGUCACAGCCCCGAGUGGAAGGGAAAAAAAGAAGCAGCAGCGGAGGAGGCAAGAGCCGACGCGAGGGGAGGGGAGCGCGGCGGCGGGGCGAGCGGGCGGGAGGUAGCAGCAUGCCCCUCGGCCAGCGCGGGCGGCCUCUCAGCGCGGCGGGGGCUGCUCCGGGCGCGCCCCGGGCGCAGUGCGCCCAGACUCCCGCUCCAGCCCCUUGGAGCGCCCGCCUUCCUGGCCGCCCCUGAGCCCAGCAGCGGCAGCUCCCGGGAUCGGCUAAGAGCAGCUGCGGCUCUUCGCCAGACGGAGUCCUUGCCUUUCCCGGGGCGUGGGGCCAUGAGUCCCGUGGCCACCUGAGGCACAGGGGCCGCCUCUCGGGCAAGGACCGCGCCCCCGAAGUCGCGUGUCCUCGUCUCUGCGCUGCAGGACGCCCGCACCCAACCUCGGUGGAGGCGUCCUCGGAAGAGCCAGCGGGGUGAGGGCAUGGAAGCCGAGGCACAGGCGGCCCAGGCCCGGGCAGCGGCCACCAAGCUGUCGGAGACGGUGGGCGCGGUGCUGCAGGAGCCACGGCGGCAGCGGCGCCUGCUGCUGGUCAUCGUGUGCGUGGCGCUGUUGCUGGACAACAUGCUAUACAUGGUCAUUGUACCCAUCGUGCCUGACUACAUUGCCCACAUGCACGGGGGCAGCGAGAGCCCCACCCCAACCCCCGAGGCGUGGGAGCCCACCUUGCCGCUGCCCACUUCAGCUAAUGCCAGCGCCUACACGGCCAACGCCUCGGCGUCCCCGACGGCUUCGUGGCCUGCCAGGUCGGCCCUGAGGCCCCGAUACCCCACGGAGAGCGAAGACGUGAAGAUCGGGGUGCUGUUUGCUUCCAAGGCCAUCCUGCAGCUUCUGGUGAACCCUCUGAGCGGGACCUUCAUCGACCGCAUGAGCUACGAUGUGCCGCUGCUCAUCGGCCUGGGCGUCAUGUUUGCCUCCACGGUCAUGUUCGCCUUCGCUGAAGACUACGCUACUUUGUUCGCGGCUCGCAGCCUACAGGGCCUGGGCUCGGCCUUCGCGGACACGUCCGGCAUAGCUAUGAUUGCUGACAAGUAUCCAGAGGAGCCGGAGCGCAGUCGAGCGCUGGGCGUGGCGCUGGCCUUCAUCAGCUUCGGAAGCCUGGUGGCGCCGCCCUUUGGGGGCAUCCUCUACGAGUUCGCCGGCAAGCGCGUGCCCUUCCUGGUGCUCGCCGCAGUGUCGCUCUUCGACGCGCUGCUGCUGCUAGCUGUGGCCAAGCCCUUCUCAGCUGCUGCUCGGGCUCGGGCCAACCUGCCGGUGGGCACACCCAUCCACCGCCUCAUGCUAGACCCCUACAUUGCCGUGGUGGCCGGCGCGCUCACCACCUGUAACAUUCCCCUCGCCUUUCUCGAGCCCACCAUCGCCACGUGGAUGAAGCACACGAUGGCAGCGUCCGAGUGGGAGAUGGGCAUGGCCUGGCUGCCGGCUUUUGUGCCGCACGUGCUGGGCGUCUACCUCACGGUGCGCCUGGCCGCGCGCUACCCACACCUGCAGUGGCUGUAUGGAGCCCUGGGGCUGGCUGUGAUCGGCGCCAGUUCAUGCCUUGUGCCCGCUUGCCGCUCCUUCGCGCCGUUAGUGGUCUCGCUCUGCGGCCUCUGUUUUGGCAUAGCGCUAGUGGACACAGCACUGUUGCCCACUCUGGCUUUCCUAGUGGACGUGCGCCACGUCUCAGUCUACGGCAGCGUCUACGCCAUCGCCGACAUCUCCUAUUCAGUGGCCUAUGCCCUCGGGCCCAUAGUGGCUGGCCACAUCGUGCACUCGCUGGGCUUUGAGCAGCUCAGCCUCGGCAUGGGCCUGGCCAACCUGCUGUACGCGCCGGUUCUGCUGCUGCUGCGCAACGUGGGCCUCCUGACGCGCUCCCGCUCCGAGCGCGACGUGCUGCUGGACGAGCCGCCGCAGGGUCUGUACGAUGCGGUGCGCCUGCGGGAGCGCCCGGGGUCUGGCCCCGACGGCGCGCCUUGCAGCCCGCCUGGCCCUUUUGAUGGGUGCGAGGAUGACUACAACUACUACUACACCCGCAGUUAGCAGCCCUGCUCCUCCUCCAGGCGCCCCCCUCCCGUGGGUCAAAGUGACUGCUGCUCUGCCAGCGCACUGGCCAGCUCAGGCUCCGGGCCCGCCUCCUCUAGCGAUUACCCCAGCCCUCCUCAGCCUUGACUCCCCCUGCCCGACUCCCUUCCCGGUGACCCAUUCCGUGUCCCCUCCCUCUUGUCCUUUGGGGUGUGGGGCACCCAGGCAAGCCGAGCCAGUUGUGUUCCUUGCAGAGGGGAAGAGGCGCUCGCCCCCUCCCUCGGGGCUCCCCGUGUACAGCAGUGCGUCUGUCCUUGCGUUCCUCCCAGUGCCAAACAGACCGUUGCACCGCGGUGCCUAUGGUCCGAAUCAAUAAACUAUGUCUAUCCCGGGA